AUGGUCACCACGGAUAAAGAAAACUUUCGUGCUUAUAUUAAAGUGCGUACUGCUCUAAGUAUUCAACUGAAAACCAUCCACGAUGAAUUAUAUUCUGUUUUUGGGAAUCAAGCUCCAUCAUAUGGCAGAGUUACUAAAUGGUCAAAAUGGUUUCGUGAAGGACGGGAGGCGGUUGAAGAUCAUCCCCGCCCUGGUCGACGUGUAACCGAGACUACACCUGAAAAUAUCGAAGAAAUUCGUGGUCUUAUCGAUGAUAAUCCUCAUCUUACAAUUGAUGAAAUUCAAAUAGAAACUGGUAUGAGUCGUGGCACAAUCGAACGAGUUCGGAUUUGCAAGGAGAAUUUGGAAGAAUUUAAUUAA